UGUGAAUCGUUAAUGGACUAACUCCCAUCACUUUCAAUGGUAAACAAAAUCGUAUAAAAGCCGAAGUCCAUUUGAAGAAGGUAUCAGUUUUUGUUUAUCGAUCGAAUAAGCUAAAUAACAAACAUCAAAAUGUUCAAAAUCAUCGCUUUUGUAUUCAUGGUUAUCGCCUACGUAUGCGCUAAACCAAAGCCAGAUGUGGUCGCUUACAGUGCUCCAGUUGUUGCCGCUCCAUUUGCUCCAAGUGCAGUCGUUUCGCGUGAAUUCCACGGUAACACAGUUCCAUACGUUGCUGCUUAUUCUUACCCAUACGCCACAGCUUACUCAGCACCAUAUGUGGCUGCUGCUCCAUACUCGGCACCAUAUGUGGCUGCUGCUCCAUACUCAGCCUAUGCAUCAACAGUUGUUUUAUAAAUUAAAUAACGUGACGUGAUUUUUUCACCUUGUUGAACAAACGGAUUUUGCCACUGGAAUAAAUGAAUCUAAACCAAUAUCAA